GUUCGGCGCGGCUGCUAGCGCGCGCUGUGCCUGGCGUCUCUGGAGCGGGUGCGGAGCGCGGCAUCUCCGGAGCCCCCCGACCGCGCGCCCCCCGCCCGGCCCACGACCGCCGGCCAUGACGACCCUGCUGGAGAUCAAGAGCAGCGUGCUGCGGCAGGUGCAGGCGUGCCCCACCUUCCGCCGGAGGGCCGAGGGAGAGCCGGCCGCCACCAGCGCUGACCCCCCGGAGCCGGCCGCAGGGGCUUGGAAGCCCGGGGACGGCGUGGAGUUCUUCGCUCACAUGCGCCUCAUUCUGAAGAAGGGGGAGGGCAGACAGGGCCUGCCGUGCCCCGAGGUCCUCUUGCGCAGCGGUUCGCCAGCCCCUGCUGAGCCCGUUGACCCCAGCCGUGGCCUGAGAGCCCUGACCCAGGAGGAGGUGGAGAUGCUCUAUGAGGAGGCCUUGUACACAGUCCUCUACCGUGCAGGGACCAUGGGCCCUGACCAGGUGGAUGACCAGGAGACCCUACUGGGCUACCUUCAGCAGGUGUUUGGUACCAGCCCUGAGGAGCACGCUGAGGCCAUUGAGCGUGUGAAGAAGGCCAAGGCCCCCACGUAUGCCCUGAAAGUCUCUGUCAUGCGUGCCAAGAACCUGCUGGCCAAAGACCCCAAUGGCUUCAGUGACCCGUACUGCAUGCUGGGUAUCCUGCCGGCCUCGGGUGCCCCCCGGGAGCCAGGGCCGCGCACGGAGCAGCGCUUCAGCUUCCGCAAAGGCAGCAAGCGUGGGGGUCCGCUCCCGGCCAAGUGCAUCCAGGUCACCGAGGUCAAGAGCAGCACCCUGAACCCUGUCUGGAAGGAGAACUUCGUCUUUGAGAUCGAGGAUGUCAGCACGGACCAGCUGCACCUGGAUAUCUGGGACCAUGACGAUGAUGUGUCUCUGGUGGAAGCAUGCAGGAAGCUGAAUGAAGUCAUCGGCCUGAAGGGCAUGAGCAGGUAUUUUAAACAGAUUGUCAAGUCGGCCCGUGCCAAUGGGACAGCAGGGCCCGCGGAGGACCACACAGAUGAUUUCCUGGGGUGUCUCAACAUACCCGUCCGGGAGGUGCCCGUGGCGGGUGAAGACCGCUGGUUCAAGCUGGAACCACGCUCCAGCGCCUCCCGCGUUCAAGGAGACUGCCAGCUGGUCCUCAAGCUGAUCACCACACAGAGGGACACGGGCAUGAGCCAGCGCGGGCGGGCGGGCUUCCUGUCCUACAUGCUGCUGCUCAGUCGUCUCCUGCAGUUCGAGCACCGAUCCGAGGAGCCCAAGGCGAGCUGCUGGCGGGGAGAGCUCAGCGGGCCCGCGGCCACGAUCCUCUGCCUGCACGGCGCGCAAAACAACCUGUCGGCGCUGCAGCUGGCUGUGCUGCACUGGCAGGUCAGCAGCCGCCACCAUCAGACCCGGACCCUGGACUACGGCUACCUGCUGGGGCUGCUGGAGGACAUGCAGGCGCAUUGGGAAGAGGCGUCUUCGCUGCCCCAAGGGCAGGAGGAGAGCCUGGCUGACAGCUUCAAUGCCUUCUCCGAGUUUGGGCUGCGGCUGCUGCGUCAGCUUCGAGACUUCUUCCCCGCCACCAACAGCACUGCCGUCUACCGUCUGGAGCUGCUGCUCAAGUGUCUCAGCAAGAUGCAGAUCUUCCAGCCUUCCUUUGAGGUGUGCUCCUUCCGGACAGAACUAAACGCGGACAUCUCUGCUGCUCUGAAGAGAGGCAACCGUGAGUGGUAUGACAGGCUCCUGAACACCAAGAGUCCUCGAGAGCAGUCGGGGCCGCAGCGCCUCGCCGGGCUGGUCGAGCUGGCGGACGCCGUCUACGAGGAUCUGCAGUCCUGCUACGGCAUCUACGCCAGCCUCUUCCACAGCAUCACCGACAUCGACUUCUUCACACUCACUUUCCGGCAGCUGGAGCGUCUGGUGGCCGAGGAGGCAUGGGUGCUGACGGAGGAGCUGAGCCCCAAGAUGACCCUCGAGGUGGCCUCAGGGCUCUUCGAACUGUACGUGACCCUGGCGGACAUCCAGCGUUUCUGGAGCAGCAUCCCCGGCCGCGACAGCCGCUCCCUCGCCCUGGCUGGCAUCCAUGGCCCGUUCCUGCCCGCUGUGAAGCUUUGGCUGCAGGUGCUGCGGGACCAGGUCAGGUGGAGGCUGCAAGGAGCCGUGGAUGUGGACACGCUGGAGCCCAUGGACACCUCCUCCAAGCACAGCAGUUCUGCGGCCACGGCUAGUCUCUGCUUCGGUCACAUCCAGGAGCUGUGGGCCCGCCUGGCAUGGCCGGACCCUGCCCAGGCCGAGGCCCUGGGCACCCAGCUCAGCCAGGACCUGUGUGCGGCCACCCUCUUCUACACUGAGCUGCUGCGGAAGAAGGUGGACGCUCAGCCGGGGGCCGCGGGCGAGGCAGUGAGCGAGCCACUCUGUGUGGUUCUCAACAACGUGGAGCUCCUGCGCAAGGCUGCCGGGCAGACGCUGCGGGGUCUGGCGUGGCCGGAGGUGACCUCGGGGCCCGAGGGGGUGCUCCCGCGCCCUCUGCUCGGCUGUGCACAGGCCCUGGACGAAGACCUGCAGCAGGAGGUCCACACCGUGACGGCGCACCUGACCUCCAAGAUGGUGGCUGACAUCAGGAAGUACGUGCAGCACAUCAGCCUGUCGCCCGACUCCAUCCAGAACGAUGAAGCCGUGGCCCCGCUCAUGAAGUACUUGGAUGAGAAGCUGGCCCUGCUGAAUACCUCCCUGGUGAAGGAGAACCUUAGCAGGUACAGCUUGGGGCGGUUGGGCCGGUGCGGGGCCUGGGGUCCCUUCAUGGGCACGGGCACGGGCACGGAGUGUCCCUGCAGGGUGCUGGAGGCCCUCUGGGAGCUGCUCCUGCAGGCCAUCCUUCGGGCACUGGGGGCAAACCUCGACGUCUCUGCCGAUUUCUACGGCCGCUUCCACUUUACGCUGGAGGCCCUGGUGAGUUUUUUCCACGCGGAGGGCCAGGGUCUGCCCCUGGAGAGCCUGAAAGACGGAAGCUACAAGAGGCUGGAGGAGGAGCUGCGCCUGCAUCAGUGCUCCACCCGCGAGUGCAUCGAGCAGUACUACCUGGACAAACUCAAGCAGGUAGCGAGGCCCCGUGUGCGCACGCGCAGUGUGGGCACGCGGCCCAGCCCCCGAACCCCUGCGCCGCGGUCACUGGCGCAAGCCCUUCCGCAGAGGUCCCUGGAGCAGAAGCGGUUCGGACGCCUGAGCGUGCGCUGUCACUACGAGGCAGCGGAGCAGCGGCUGGUGGUGGAGGUGCUGCACGCCGCGGACCUGCCGCCGCUGGACGCCAACGGCCUGAGUGACCCGUUUGUGAUCGUGGAGCUGGGCCCGCCACACCUCUUCCCGCUGGUCCGCAGCCAGAGGACCCAGGUGAAGAACCGGACGCUGCACCCCGUGUAUGACGAGCUCUUCUACUUCUCUGUGCCGGCAGAGGCGUGCCGCUGCCGCGGUGCCUGCGUGCUGUUCACCGUCAUGGACCACGACUGGCUGUCCACCAACGACUUCGCGGGGGAGGCAGCCCUCGGCCUGGGCGGCGUCGGCGGCAUAGCACGACCUCAGGUGGGAGGGAGCGCGAGGGCCAGGCAGCCCGUCACCUUGCAUCUGCGCCGGCCCAGGGCCCAGGUGAAGUCGGCACUGAGGAUGCUGGAGGGCCGCACCAACAAGGAGGCGCAGGAAUUUGUCAAGAGACUCAAGGAGCUGGAGAAGUGCAUGGAAGCGGACCCCUGAGCUCCCGCCCGCCCCCAACCCAGUCCUGCCCCGCAUCAGCUUUGUGCCGUGGGGCUCAUGCUCCCCCGUGUGGUGUGCGUGCUGCCCCGGCCGUGUCUGUGUGGUGUGUACCGUGAACCCCUUGCGUCCAGUGAGCAGCCCCCACCCUGGAUCUGGGGGUAACUCGCGGGGCCUGGCCACCCGGCAAGCUUCUCUAUCUGCAACCUUAGCUUGUGCAGCCCGCGCAGGGUUCCCGGAGGGGUGGCUCUGCUCCCCAGGAGACAUCAGGCUACGUCUGGAGGCGUUUUCGGUGGUCACGGCUACUACUGAAGGAGGUGCCGACGGCACCCAUGGCGAGACCAAGGACGGUGCUGGAAGUCCUGCGGUAAACGUGACAGCACCCUCCGCCCAGCAAGGAACAGCCCGCCCCAAACGUUACCAGUGCCACAGCCCUUCUCAGAGGAAGCACGGUCUUCGUUUUGUGGGGUGGGGAGUGUGACAGGGCCUCGCAGGCCAACAGGAGGGAUGGCCCAGGUUUGGGUCUGGACAACCCCAGCUGUGGUGGGAAACCGCUCCCAGGUGUCCUGGUGGAGGGACAAAGUGAGCGUCUGGGACCCUUCACCCUCACCCAAGGGCACACACAGAGGUUUGCUAAGCAGCGCGCGGGUCUCCAAUCCCCACCUGGCUCCUAGGCCUGGGGGAGGGUGCCCCCAGGUCACUGUGAGGCCGGGACCUCAUGCAAGGUCGAUCGGUCAGGGUGAGGGGCCCCACGUCGGCCACUCAGCUGUGCAGUUACUGUCCCUCCGUGUGCGCACACGCGUGCCCAUGCAAGAUGGGCCCCAAGCCCGGCACCCCACCGUCCAGCGGCCCAGACCCUUCCCGUCUGACCCUUCCCGCCCGACUCGGCCUCGCUGGAGACUGAGAGUCCCCUCCCCCCCAUCCCCAGGGCAAGUGCAAAGAAACAGGCUCACACCGGGGUCUCCUGGCUUGCUGCUUCACUGGGAGGGCUCGAAGGCCCCAGAGCACGGCUGUGUCAGAACCGCGGGGACACAGUCCAGGGCCACUCGGUGUUGAGAGGGCUGAGGCUGCCAGCCUGUCUGUAUCUCCACAAAUCCUGCCGCUCUCUCUCGAGUUUCUUAUUGCUCCGCCUCAAAAAAUAUACGUGUCUGCAACCUUUA